AUGACUUCGACCACCAGUACCCUAGUAACACCGCGAGAGAAGACCGGAGAGACGGAUCGGGAAAACACCCCUACACCAUCAAUGCUUGAGGAGGAGGCAGUAGAGAAGAAGGAGGAAGCCGGCGCCGCAACCGACGAGGAGGCCGGUUCAUCACAACCAACGGAGCCCAAAGAGCCCGAAUACCCCACCGGCAUCCGGCUCACCUUCAUCGUCGUCGCUCUCGUUCUCAGCAUCUUCUUGGUUGCUCUCGAUAUGACCAUUGUCGCAACCGCCAUUCCCAAAAUCACGGACGAAUUUCGCGGUCUGGACCAGGUCGCCUGGUAUGGUGCCGCUUUCUUCAUGUGUGUUGCCGCUUUCCAGUCAACAUGGGGCAAGGCAUACAAGUAUUUCCCGCUCAAGACCUCAUUUCUGCUGUCAAUCUUCAUUUUCGAGGUCGGUAGUCUCAUUUGCGGUGUCGCUCCCAACUCCAUCGCCCUCAUCGUCGGCCGUGCCAUCGCCGGUGUAGGCGCCGCAGGCAUCGGCUCUGGCGCCUACACCAUCAUCGGCUUCUCCGCCCCGCCCGACAAGCGACCCACCUUCACCGGCAUCAUCGGUGCCUCGUACGGCAUUGCCUCCGUCAUUGGGCCUCUGAUCGGCGGAGCCUUCACCGACCACGUCAGCUGGCGCUGGUGCUUCUACAUCAAUCUCCCCAUCGGGGGUCUCUCCGCCGCCAUCAUCCUCUUCUACUUCCACACCCCGCCCCAGGCCGUUCCCGUCAAGGCGAGCAUGCGCGAGAAGUUCCUCCAGAUGGACCUCAUCGGCACCGCCCUCAUCAUGGGCGCGACGAUCUCCUUCCUGCUCGCCCUGCAGUGGGGAGGCCACCAACACCCCUGGAACUCAUCCACCGUCAUCGGCCUCUUUGUCGGUUUCGGCCUCAUGAUCGUCGCCUUCAUCGUCCUCGAGUGGUACCAGGGCGAGCGCGCCAUGAUCGCGCCCCGGCUCAUUAGCGACCGCACCGUCUAUAUCUCUUCUGCCUACGCCUUCUUCUUCGCCGGCGCCUACUUCGUUCUGGUGUACUACCUGCCAAUCUACUUCCAGUCCGUUGACAACGCGUCCCCCACCCAGUCCGGUGUCCGAAACCUGCCGCUCAUCAUCGCCGUCACGAUCGCCACCGUUGCCUCGGGUAUCUCCAUCUCCGCCACGGGCUUGUACACCCCGAUCCUUGUUGUCGGCGCUGCUCUCGCUACCGUCGGGGCCGGCCUCCUUUACACCCUCGACAUCGGCACCGGAAGCGACAAGUGGAUCGGGUACCAGGUCAUCGCCGGUCUCGCAUGGGGCGCCGCCUUCCAAGUUCCCAUCAUUGCCGUCCAGGGCACAGUCAGCGAGAGUGAUCUCGCAUCCUCCACCGCCAUUCUUCUCUUCUUCCAAACCGUCGGUGGAGCCUUCUACGUCGCCGCAGCCCAAUCAGGCUUCCUCAUCACCAUCCUCAAGAAAGUCGCCGAAAACGUGCCCAGCGUGGACCCCAACCUCGUCGCCCUCACCGGCGCAACCCAGAUCCGCACCGCCUUCCCCGCCGACGCCGUCCCGGGCGUUAUCCAGGCCUACAUGGACGGCCUCAAGGUCGCCUUUGCCCUGGCCACCGCCGGCGCCGGUAUCUCGUUCCUCAUUUCUCUGGGAUCGAGGUGGAGCAAGCUCAACACCAAGAACCUCGCCGGUGCCGCCUAG